GGCUCUUAUCCGGUUCUCCCAGUGGUGGGCUGCGUUGGGCCUCGCGGGCUGGUCCGUCGCGAUGACAUUCCGGCAAACCCUACCUCACAGCACCGCCGCCGUCGCUGCCGCCGCCUCCUCCCCUCUUCGCUGAUCCGCUGCCGCCAGGAAGCUGCGGGGACGGCGGUGGGUUUGUUCGCUAGAGGCGGUGUUUGAGGAUGCCGCUGGGGUUGAUGCUGGGCUCGCUCGGGCGGGCGAUGCGGCGGAAGCGGCUGUCCUCGCUCGACAUCCUCUCCUCCAAGCGGGCGCCGCGGGACUACUACAAGGGCAAGAACUGCAAGCCCACCGGGUUCCACACCCGCAAAGGUGGAUAUGUGAUAGUUGAUGAGAAAUUGCCAAGAUUUGUAGUCCCUGACUUGACUGAUUUCAAGCUCAAGCCAUAUGUAUCACAAUGCGCCAGAGACCUCACAGCGUCCACUGCAUCUUCUACUUCAGCAGAAACUGCUGAAAACAAGAGCUGAUCUUUAUGCAACUGCUCUAGUGAUUGCCUACAUUUUGCGAGAAUGUACUCCAGUUUUUGUUUUCAUAGGGAGUGCCCAUGUUCAGAGGUUGUUGCAUCAGCUGCCUAGCUACAAAUGAGCAUUUCAGAUAGCUUUCAUGCAAGGGCAAACCUUAUGGAAUAUCACAAGUUACCUCCAGUUUGUAAUUUUGAUUUUGAUUUUCUGAAAUAACAAAUAUUUAAGUCAAGGGACUAUUUCUUAUGACAAGAACGAUGCUGAAAAGCUGCAAAGAGAGUGCAUGGAGGUGAUCCUCCAACUUGGUUUGGAAUGCUCCCAGAUAUCCUCGAGAGCAAGAAUGCAUGUCAGCAAUGCCAUCAGUAAGCUUCAGGUGGUCAAGGAUGUCUGGCUGAACGACUGAUAUCUAAUUUCGAGUUUCUUACAAAAUUAUAGCAACAGAAAGAACGAUAUUUGCAUUAUAACAUGA